GUUGGCGGAAAAUUCCGAUGUGUUCGAGUUCUCUGGAUGUUUCUCGGGACUCAACAAUCAAUGUGUGAUCUGAUUCAAGACCCUUUACGUGCACCAGUUGAGAUACCACCGUUGCUUCCAUCUGCGCAAAAUGAACGGCGUAGUGACCAUCGGCAAUGUCCAUGUGUUCGAGGCCCAAGAAGCCGGCGGCACGAUCUCGAGCCAUUCGCAGGCAGAUGUCUUGGAUCUUAUCUCGCACCUGCCGAUCAGUGAUGUGUUCACAGGAAGAUGAUUCGCACCUUAUCUUGCUUACCCCGGGAAGAGAUCUGGGAUGUGAUAAGUCUAUCUCCUGAUCGAUCCUCUAUCACCCGUCCUUCUCCGCUUGUUUUAGGUCUCACCCAGCGCACCAUGCGAUGCAGGAAGUCCUCGGGAUCAAGCAACUCUGAGGGAGUAACGCUCCUGCCGCGAUGGCACCGCAGUCCUGCGCUGUUUUUGCAUCAGGCGCCAUUCCCCCUGCCACGCAGCCCAUUGGAUGCAGGACAGAGGGUCACCGGGGGUAGCCGCAGCGGACCCAUCAGCUCUCACAGACAUGCUGGCAAGCACAUUGGACUUGGUAUGCCCCUGCGUCCGAUCUGACGUCGACACCCCCCGUCUCGGUGUCCAAUCAAGCCCUCGGCGUCGUUGCAGUGGCUGUAACAUCUCGAAACCGUAUUCAAUUAGGGCUUCGCGCUCCCACCAUCACACUUCUGCCGUGUAAGAGUAUUUUGGGAUAGAACGAGCGGACGUCUCAGCGCUCUGGUAUUUGAGGGGAGUGCGCGAUGCGUUGUUUGGGUGUCUGUACCGCUCGAGUUCCCUGCAGCUAGUUCUAUCCACUGUCCAGCACAGGCCAUUUCUCUUCGCCAACAUGAGCUUGCCCGCCAUUCCUCCUGGUAUUGCCAUGAUCACAGGGCCGACGAUGAUCGGUAUAUGCCUCACCUGGGGAUUCAUGGGCAUCACUCUCGUUCAAGUUUACGUCUACUUCACUUCCUACUCGCACGAUCCGCGCGGCCUGAAAACCCUCGUGGGCAGUCUGUUCUUUCUCGACAUCCUCCAGACGGCGAUGGUCACGGCGGACGCGUUCCACUGGUUUGUAUUCGGGUUCGGCAACAUGAUCCAGCUUAACGACACGUUCCUCAACUCGUGGGACGUUCCGAUGCUCGACGGCGUGAUCUCGCUCAUUGUGCAGCUCUUCUACUGCUGGCGCAUAUACGUCCUCCGCAAGAGCAUGAUCCUCCCUAUCCUGAUCAGUAUCGUGUCGCUCAUGCAGUGCGUCGCGGGGAUCGUGACUGCUGUCAAGGCCCACAUGCUUGGCCAGCUUUCGCUCAUCAGCACGGAAGUCGUCGAGCAGACGAUGUGGCUCGUCGGCGGUGCGGUGGCUGAUAUAGCCAUUGCGGUUGUCUUGUGCUGGACUCUGCUGAGCGUCAGCAACUCGCAGUUCCGCAAAUCCCACAACGUGAUCAUGCGUAUCGUCCAAUUGACCGUCGAGACGAACGCCUUGACCGCCAGCGUCGCGCUGAUUGGCCUGAUUCUGUUCUGGGCCGUCCCCCAACACGCCACGCUCGUUGUUCCGCCGACUGCUAUCAUCGGGAAACUGUACACCAACAGUCUGAUCGCGGUCCUGAACAACCGCAGCGUUGGCGCGAACAACGCCAGCGCAUUCGGAAACAAGAUCAGCGGCAGCGCCGGAAGUUCGGGCGGUCCGCACUAUGGCAGCAGCGUCGAAGGCAACACCAACACGGCGGUCUCCACGAACAUGCCGAGCUUCAAGAACGGAGUCCACAUCGUGCGCACUCAGCAGACCGACACGGAGUUGGAGCUCUCGACGUUCGACCAAAAGGGCUCUGUCAUGGAGGUUUGAGUUCUGGACCGGGAUCUUGUUUGUCUGUGUCUGAUUCGCGGAGAAUCUUGUAUAGUGGCUUUUAUUAGGGACCUGGUUUGUCAGUAUCUAUUUAUUGAAUUUAUCGCAUAUGUAUACGACACCACUCUCGAUCGUUAGUCUUCAUAGUCCAAACCAGUGCAUCUAUUUUCUUGAUCACGGUAUCAAUGACCAGAAAUAUCACAAGUAUAACUUAUGGGGUUAUCUGUAUUGACGGCACAGAUCUAGAGUCCUUUGUGUGACCUGGCAACAUAGAACGACACAGUCCUACUUUCUACAGAUGCAUUCUAGUGUCCUAGUGUCCAGGUAAUCAGAGAAAGCACUCCAACGUUUGGAACACUCCGAAUCGCCAGGCCACCCACGCAAGAGCGAGCAGCACGAGACAAGCCUUCAUCCAAAAGCAUUGAGAGGUGCGCGAACCGUCUCCACUCCCCGCCGCUGCCGACGGAGACUCAUCCACGUACCCGAUCCAGACCGAGCCCAGGGAAGCCUCCACGGUGAUCCGGUCCCCCUCGCCGUCCUGUACAACUCUGCUCGCGGUGUCUCCAACAAGCCAGUGCGUCGUGCGCCCAGCCUCGUGCAGCGGAGCGCCGCACGUCGCUUGUAUGCGGGGUGACAGCGUGACGCGGUGGCGGCCCAAGAUGGGCGCCCGGACGACGAGCUGGCCCUGUACCGGGUGCGAUAGGAAGAUGCGGAUGUUCCCCAUGACGGACACUGCAGUGAGCGAUAUGGGCCCGCCAGCGCCAGAAUGCUGCAUAGGCGCGUCAGUAGAGUGUAUGUGCUUCUGCACCACUGCAAGGUGUUCGAGAGGGCCUGCCACGCACCACGUGCAGCUCAAUAUCGCCCGUGCGCGUCUUCGCUUCGAUGUGCACCAGUCGCGCGAGGCGCCUCUUCUCAAGCCGCCGCUCGCGUGCCCGGGCCACUGCGCGCGCCAUGAACGGACUAUGGGGCUUGCCGUCCGCGUCUACGUCGAGGGACGUACCCGCGCCGUCCCCGUCCUUACCACCUAGAGCGAUCUCGUCGGCGGGAGGAGGCAGACGCGGCCGCACAUCGAUGUCCGCGGAUAUCUGGCCCCAGACAUUCACAGAGAGGUUCGGGUCGAGCUCCGGCUCGUCCCAGAGGUAUGCCCGGUACGAAAGCCCAAACGGCACACGCAGCGAGCGGGGGAUGUCGAGGUUGGGGUCGAUGAUGAAGCGGGCAUUCCGAACGCAGCCGAACGUAUGCUCGAUGGAGACGCGGUUCUGUGCGCGAGUGAGGACGCGGUCCUCAUUGUCGAAAGGAAGCUGUCAAAGAGUCAAUGUUGUGAUCACGUCAGUGCUGUUAGUAAGCCCGUUCUUGCCUUGUCCUUCCGCGGUCUGUGGCUGUGCCUCAGGCCGUUUCGAAGAAUUUGUCCUUGUGUACGGCAUAGUACGGGCAGCCCUUGCUCGCAACUAGUCCGCCUCUUCAUCAGCUCUCUCACCGUCACCACUUCCUCACUUUCCAAGCGAUUUCGCUUAUCGUUCAAUAUGUCGGCAAGAAAAUCUUUCUUCCCUCAGAACUCCGCUCCAGCUUCUGUCCCACCACCUGCGCUUUUCGUUCCUGACCAGUCAAACCCACUACACAGCUCUAGCAACGGCUCUUUCACCGCCCCUUUUGACAUCCCCAGUCUUCUCAAGCCUCAACGAUCUCAACAACAUGCCUCACAGGGACAGCCGCCGUCUCGACGCCAAUCCAUGAAUGCUUCCAUCCGGCCAUCGACCGGCACUCCUCAUGCUCAAGGUCCCACCCACUCUCGCGUUCUCGACGCCCUCAACGCUGCGGGUCUCAUCACGCGUCCCGGAACUUCUGACCCGCAUAAACGGUCGAAAAACUUCGCGACCCACCGUCUGCCAUCUCACGGGCCCUCUGGCGCGACAGGUGGUACUCCCAAUGUGAUCGUCGCCCCAUCGCCGCGCAUGCCAGCAUCAGCUCUCUUUCGCGAACCGACGGCUUCUUCUGCUGGUGCCUUGAAGAAAUCUGCACUCACACCUGUGUCUCAAGCCGUGUCAAUGACGCCGACAGGCGAGCAGCCCCAAGACGAGGCGCAUAUAUUCGGCUUCAAUGCUGCGCAAGAGCACACAGAUGCUUCGAACAAUCGUCCCCUCUCUCGCCCUAUGCACUCUACUCACGUUCACCCCCAUCUUGAAGAGGAUAGCGACGAGCCGCCGAUGCUGCAGUCUCGAUCUCCCUUCCUGCACCAAGACCAUGUCAAUGCCGGUGUCCGCGGGACAGACCAGCAAGAUGACGACGUUUAUGAGAUUCCCGAAGCCGAGAUGCGCGCUCGGGGAUCCAACUUGAAACGCGGACGAUCCGAGGUCGAGGACGGCGAGGGAGAUGAUCACGGGAUGGGCUAUGGAGCUGGGCAAGCGAAGCGGUUCAAGGCCCAGGAGCAGCUGGAGGAUUUGGGGUACGAACGGAUGGCAUUGCCCGACCCCACUCAUCCACGGCAAGAUGUCGAGCACCACCAUCAGCUUCAGCAUCACCACGAUGGCCGUCCGCAGCGUGUUCCCCCGUCGACUUAUGUUAGCUACUCCGGUCGUCCUUAUGACUCUAUCCAGCCCAUCUCGCCUUCUCCUCACCAAGAACAGGCUUGCGGUUCAGACCCCGACUCUCAUGCGGAACGCGAGCGACCCGAAGCGUCGCCUCUGCUCAAGCUCCUGCGCGUUGAACAAGUUGAUCUCCUCUCCGCUGCUCGAGUGGAUAAGUAUAUCCAGUCGACUGAGAAGUGGAAGAAUUGCACCCGGGAGGAGUGGAUUGCAGGAGCAGAUGAGCUCAUGAGGAUGUACACCAAGAUCUUCGACUUCGCCAAAGCUCACAUGACCGCCAAGUUCCAGAUGUUCACUCAAUGCGACGACAAGCUCAAAGCACACAACGAGCUUUUGAAGGAACGUGAUACGCUGCUGGGCGAUGUGCGGGACCAGCUUGUCGCGGAGGGUGGAAACGUACUGGCCAAGUGAUUCAUUCAAUCGUCUUCCUGUGCGACGCUGUGUCUUCUGUUCGGGGCCCGGUGGACUUCUGAACUUACAAUAACCUUCCGUAUACUGCACGUUUCUUGCUGUUGUGUGAUACUCCACGGGUCUGAGCACCGCAUGUGCAACUGCUGUAUCCGCACAAGCUGUGUAAUUGUGUGCUAGCUAUGUCGAAUGCCGUUGCGUUGUGUGCCUGACCGGGCGUCCGGUGUACUUAUAGCCUCAGCCACUUAGAGUCACCAUACCACAUGGGUUCCGACUGCGAGACAGUGAUCGAUUUCUUGAGCAAGACUAUACACACCGGGGAAUCAUUAAAAAAAAAAGGUGCCCCAAUAGAGCUGUUCAGCAGAACCAAAAAAUUGAUUUGUUUUUUACGAGUUUCCUGGUUGUGGAGUAGACUUUACUUCCCAAUUACUUAGGUGUGGAGUGUCGUAGGAAUAUAACC